CUUUCAAUUUCAAGGCUCCUAGGGUUCUGAUUCUCUUCGAGUUUUUAGGCGAUUGAUUUUUUAACGUGUUUCUUUUGUUUCGUAAUAAAUUUGUGAAAUUCGCGACUUUAGUUCUACGAGUAAGUGAUGGCUACAACGGGAGAAGAGGAGAUGGACUACGAGAGUGAUCCAGAGGAAGUGAACCGUUCUCUGGCGAUGCGAAGGAGAAGGGCGGCGAGUGACGAUGAGGAAGACGAGAGGGGAGUGGAUGAUAAUAAUAAUGCAGUGGCGAUGGAUCUGAGAGUUGCGGUUCAAUCUGAUGAAUCCGACGGUCAGGAAGGUGCUGCAGAUUAUGAUGACGAUGAAGUAGAAUUGGAGUUAGAAGAGGAGGGUGAGGAAGAAGAAGCAUAUUAUGAUGAAGAGGAGGAAGAGGAUAUUGAUGAGGAGGAGAUAGAAGAAGUGAGAAGAAAGGAAGUGGAAGGGAAUGUGGAGAGAACUGGAGGAGAAGCAUUGGUGGAUGAUGGGAAUAGGAAUGUGGAUAAGAGAGUGGAGAUUAGUAAUAGUAAUAAUCUUGUUGGAGAGGAAGAUGAGGAGGGAAAGAAGGAGAAUGAGCCAUUUGCCGUGCCAACUAAUGGGGCGUUUUAUAUGCACGAUGAUAGAUUUGGAGACAAUGUCGGCGGUCGUCAUAGGCGAAUGAAUGGUGGAAGGAAAUUGUGGGAAUCCAAAGAUGACGGGAAAUGGGGACAUGACAAGUUUGAGGAGAUGACUUUGCAAGAAAAGCAGUAUAAAGAGGGAAGAAAAUCUUCUAGAGGUAGAUAUCGUGCUCGUAGUAAAAAUCGGGUCCCAGAUCAUGGUUAUCCUAGGGGAAGUAGGUCCAAAGCAUUUGGGAAAAACUACAAUCAGAAUCAGGCUCCUAAGACUGUGAGAGGGAGAGGGACUAGGAGAUAUGAACCUUCUAUGAAAAACAGCAGUCAAGCACCUCCAAUGCUGAACAAACCUUCUGGGAAGCCUGUUGAGAAAACUGCACAAGCCCAUUCAAGUAGAGCUUUCACACCUUCAACAAAUGCAGACACUGUAUCAAUGCCUGCUAAGAAACACAUUUUUGCGUCAAGCUUGAGUUCAGCUUCCCCACCCUUUUAUCCGUCAGGGUCUUCCAAGAACGACAGUUCUUUGAAUCAGAAGAAGGAUUUCCAAGCUGGAAGUGUCAGCAGGGAUCUUCACCCCUCUGUUGCAAAUAAGAAAUCUUCUGUAUUUGAAUCCGAUUCAUUACGAGGAAAGAAUCCACUUGAUUAUAUCAACAUGGCAAAGCUUUAUAUAGAUGAUUCCGUCACAUCAGCUUCUGCGAAGCCUUUGACUAACGUGCAAAUGCUACCGUCUGGAUCUUCAUUGGAUAAUAGUGGUCAACCCUCUCAAUCCAGUGUACAGGGUAGAGGCAUAGCUAUCCCAGGGCCGAAGACUUAUCAGCCAGCACCACGGCAGAACCAAGUCAAUAGAGUUUCUCCACAAACAAUUCCUGUUCAAGGCAGGGCUCUCUUUUCUGUUCAAGCAGCUGCUCAGCAGUUGGGCCAGCAUCCUGGUAUUGGGUCUAGAGCUUCCUCUCCGCCAAAAACAGCUAUGUCAGUCAGUUCCUAUGAAUCUGGAGAGGUUGAAGCUUCAGAAAAAAGUAAACCCGAGGGUGCAUUGGCGAGCAAGGGAAAAAGCAGUAUUCAAGGAGCCAGAAGGGGCUCUUAUCUGUAUGGUGGAGCUCAUAUUAUUGGAACUACAGGGAAUAUGUCUAUUAGCCAUGGCGAUCAAAACUUUCCUGCCUUUUUGCCUGUUAUGCAACUUGGGGGUCAGCACUCUGGUGGUCUUAGUGUUCCUGCUGUUGGCAUGGCAUUUACAGGAUAUGUUUCCCAGCCGCAACUUGGACUGAGAAAUUCGGAAACGACAUGGCAACCAGUAUUGACAGGUGCUGGUGGGGCACUAGGAGGAACAUAUUGUCCACCUUAUAUCGCUUUCGAUGGGGCUUAUAAUGCUCGUCCAUCGGGACAGACAUCUUCAACAGUAUCCUCAGGCAAUGAAAAUACUUCUAACAAACCAAACAGGGAAUGGAAGCCUUCCCAAAGACCAGAGCUUGUGAGUGAUGAACUUGGGCAACGACAAAAUAACUCAAAUAAGCAGCCCCGCAGAUAUUCAGAGAUGAGCUUUAGCAAGUAAUUUGAUUAUUAAAGAUGAAGCCCUGCCUUGGUAAACUGCUAAAGACCUUUCUUACAGCCCCUUUAUGAUGUCCAGCUUAUGACUUGGACCAGUUCAGGCCACAAUAUAUUCCCUGGAUAUUGUAGUUGUGUAUGACAAAUGCCUGCUCACGUUCUUCAGUUUGAGAAUAUUAUUGUGGCUUGACGGGUGGCAUUCCUAUGUUUAUAUGUGCGG